UUCCGGAAACUCGUAGAAGCAAAUUUUGUAUAUAUGGGCUGCGCAGCUUACGCGACACUUUAGUACGUGACGAGAGAAGCUGAAGGUUGCUUCGAUUUCUCUGCCAGAUUAACAUAUAUUAUCGAACAUUCUACAAAACUUAAACGAAAAGCGAAUCGAGUGAAAUUCGUGACGCUUAAAAGAGCGAUCGUUCUAUUGGACGACAGAUAUACCUAAUUUCGAAGGUUUAUAAAAAUGGGGAAAGAUUAUUACAAGAUAUUAGGGAUAGCAAAAGGUGCCAGUGACGAUGAAAUAAAAAAAGCUUACAGAAAAUUAGCUUUGAAAUACCAUCCGGAUAAGAACAGAAGUGCCGGUGCCGAAGAGAAAUUUAAAGAAAUAGCUGAGGCAUAUGAAGUACUUUCAGAUACAAAAAAGAGAGAAGUUUAUGAUAGGUACGGGGAAGAAGGUUUGAAGGGUGGAGCAUCUGCCGAUGGAGGUAGUGGCAGUGCAUCGUACACUUUCCAUGGAGAUCCGCGUGCAACUUUUGCGCAAUUCUUUGGCUCUGCAACGCCCUUCCAAACGUUCUUCGAAUUUGGAGGACCUACUGUCACGCGCUCCUACGAUCUUCAUGACGAAGACAUGGACAUGGAAGAUCCAUUUGGUUUUGGAUUUGGACUGGCUCGUCAAGCAGGUGGACAAGGAAGUGCUUUUCGAUCUCAUUCAUUCAAUUUUGCUGAACCUACGACAGUUAAAGGAGGUAGUAAAGAUCGUGUUCAAGAUCCAGCUAUAGAACAUGAUCUCUAUAUAAGUUUGGAAGAAAUAUUACGUGGAUGUACUAAAAAGAUGAAGAUUUGCAGAAGAGUCGUUCAAGCCGAUGGGACUACGAAAAAGGAGGAUAAAGUCCUUACGAUUAACGUGAAACCAGGUUGGAAGGCUGGUACAAAGAUUACUUUUCAAAAAGAAGGAGACCAAGGUCGUGGAAAGGUUCCAGCUGAUAUUGUUUUUAUCAUUAGAGAUAAACCCCAUCCAAUCUUCAGGAGAGAAGGCAGUGACAUCAGAUAUACAUGUAAAAUAAGCUUGAAACAAGCUUUAUGCGGUACCAUCAUAGAAGUUCCUACGCUCAUAGGAGAGAAAAUCAGUAUAAACUUAACAAGAGAGAUUGUAAAGCCUAGUAUCGUAAAGAGGAUUCAAGGACAUGGUUUGCCAUUCCCAAAAGAGCCAUUAAAGAAAGGUGAUCUUCUGGUUUCAUUCGAUAUUAAAUUCCCAGACACACUAUCGCAAAGUGCUAGGGACAUUUUGUAUGAUACUCUACCAAACUGAAUGUCCGCAAUGGGGAAAAUAUCAAGAGGAUAUGCAUUAUUUUAAGAGCCAAUCCUCCGAUUGUCCUGACCGAUGAAGUUAUAGAUAUGCAUGUACGUUCUAGUACAUAAUAAAGUGAAGUCAAUGAACGGCGUCUUCAAGGUGAAACAAAUCUAAUUUCACCUUAUGAAUAGUAAAAUGUGAUUUCUUACAGGAUUCGGUCACAAAAAAUGUCUUACUUGAAAUUUUGUUAAGCUUUUAUAGCUGUUUGGUUUAGGUCAAGAGUUAAAGGUCUGUUAUCUAUUGUAAAAUGAAACAUUAUCUGUCUUUGCAUAUGGUAAGAAUCCUAAGUAUUGAUUAAGAUCGAAUAUGUUAAGUUAUACAAUUAUAGAAUGAGACUCGUUAAGAUAAAAAUAUUUUGUGCGGUUGCUGGUCUGAAUUAUUUGUUUGUACGUUUUAUGAAUGAGUAAUUUGCGUGCUAUAUGAGUGAAAGGUGUAUGCUGCGUACGUGAUUGCGUUGAAGUGCACUUCGCGUUGAUGGUGCGUGUUAUUGGCAAUUCUGCACAAGUAUGUCAAAAACAAGCCACCGAUCAUUGUGUUCAAACGCAAAUAAGAAAUUCUUCUAUAUAUAUGUACCCAUUCAGCUUCAAUUAUAAUAUACUAGAUGUAUAAUAAGUUAAAAAUAGAAUAAGGUAGAUAUUCACAGUAUCAGCCUGUAAUAAUAUCCAUUGUAAUCUCAUUAUUCUCUAGUACAUAUAUGAUAAGUGGAAUCUUUUGUCAUACUUAAGCAGAAUUGCUCAUAAAACGUACCAACCUUUCUAAUGGCGGAAUCAGUUUUCUUAUGCUAUACAUCUCCUUAAGUUUAAUGAUUGACUAAUUAUUUGUACACUAAAAUAAUAUGAACAAUCUAAAUUAUGGAAUACGCGUAUAUUUUUUUUUUCUUUUUUUUCUUUUUUUUUCUUUUUUUUUUUUUUUUUUUUGUUUUUGUUUUUUUUUCUCUCGUUUAUAAAUCCUUUUGCCAUCAUUGGUUUCUUCGCAUUGUGGUGGGUAUUAUAAUAACAUAGGUCUAAAAAUAAACCACACAAUGAGUGAUGUCACCGAUCGAGCUUUCGAGAGACAGUUAUGGGACAUGUGUAUACAAAUCUAAUAGAAGUUCAUAUGUAGUGCUCGAUCUGAAAUACAUAUUGUUUUGUAUUUAUUUCACAAUUGCAGAUUAAUACAUGUGUUGUUCUAUA